UGAAGUAGUCAUAAGCACUUGUAAGUAGGACACACACUGAAACUCUGAAAGAGAGAGUUAUAUGGAAAUUCCCUCUUUACCCCUUUGCUUGCUUUCCCUCUCACUCUUAAGUCUAUGUUCUAAAGACUCCUAACCAAACAAUUCAUCACUUCUUUCCUUUUCUCAAUCUCACUUUUGUGCCUCUUUUUUUGGCAUUUUUUUUCCACAUCUUAUAUGAAGAAACCAAGAAUAACACAACUUUGAAGCUUGCUCCAAGAUCAUAGGUUAUAACAUGUUAUAGCCUUUAUUACUAUAUACUUUGUAUAGUAGAUUUUGAGGAUACUAGCUAAGUGUUGUGAUGGCUAAGAAAAACUGGUGGUUUCAGCUUCUGAAGAAUCUAAUCUCUUGUGAAUCCAAACCAAAAGCAGAGAAGGACAAAACAAAGCGUUGGAGGUGGAUUUUUGAUAGGUUUAAGCUCAAACAACUCCCUACAACAUCAACAACAUUACAAGAAAAGUCACUAAGUAAAGCCAGAGAAGAACAGAGAAAGACUGCAUUGUAUGUUGCUCGAGCGACCGCCGCGGCUGCUGAUGCUGCAGUGGCAGCAGCUCAGGCGGCUGCAGAGGUAGUCCGACUAACGGGCUUGUCUCGGCAUUCAUCGUUACGACUCAAGGACCAAGGGAUUCACAAGUUGGCUGCAAUCAAGAUACAAACUGCUUUCAGGGCAUAUCUUGCAAGAAAAGCACUGAGAGCACUAAAAGGAGUGGUAAGAAUACAAGCAAUAGCACGAGGAAGAGCAGUAAGACGUCGAAUGAGCACAGAACUUGAGCAAUUUAAGUGUAUUAAUCCCACACAGGAAGUUCAUACAAGAAGAGUUUCAAGCGUAAAUGAUCAAUCUCCAAGCAAAAGGAGCCAAAUAAGUGAAAGAUCCAAGCUUGAAUGCAAGAGCCAAAGACAAUGGACUGAUGGCUUGUUUUCGAAGGACGAAAUCGAGUCCAUAUACUUGCGAAAGCGAGAGGCCAUGUUUAGAAGAGAACGGAUGAAGCAAUACUCAUUCUCACAUCGGGAGAGGCAAUGUUCACAAAUGCUAGAAGAAACAAUGCCACUCAGGUACAUUGAUCAAGGACAAACCUGCAUAAGAAAACAAUGGACUGACGAGCAAAUUCGUAACAAUAAUGCAUAUUCCAAAGACGCGAUCUUAGAGUUACAUCCUAGUACGAGGAGCUGGGACUUAGAGACAACCUUAAGGAUCAAACCAAGAGCUAUAAAUCAUGCAAAACAGAAUUUUACAGAGGAAGUGAGUUCACCAUUUUCACAACCCAGAAGAUCAUUUUCUCAUAUGAGGCUAAAACAAGGCACUGAUGACUGUCAUUUAUCCAACUCUACUAUGUUUCCUACUUACAUGGCUGUGACUGAAUCAGCCAAGGCUAAGAUGAGAUCAAUGAGUACACCAAGGCAAAGACUCGGGUAUCUCGAAACUUGCUUCGAGCAAUAUGUGUAAUUAGUCCUAACCUUUGUCUCUAAGCUUGGGAAUUGAUGGGUUUUUCCUUUUUCUCUUUUCUUUCUUGAUUCUCCUGGUGUAAAUUUUGGUUACUGGAUUUGUUUUUUUGUUUUUUUCCUUUUGAGAUUUGAUAAAACAAAAGAGUGAAAAUCCUAUAUUAACUAACAUAUAGAUAGGUAAUUUAAACUGAGAGUUUCAAUAUGGGUUGAUAAGCUUCCUGUGGGUGGCAUGGACAUCUUUAUGUUGAAUUUUUCUUGUUUUUCUUUCCAUCUGAUUCAUUUGUGUGUUUCUUCUUUUUUGAUGAAAGGAUUCAAUACCAUACUACAUCUUGUUUAGAAAAGA